UCUACCAAAACCGGAAAAUGCACACUUGAAAGCGAAAACGGCAGGAGGUGAAUUUAAAUUAAAAUUAGAUUAAACUGUUCUGAUACUGACGAUAAUGCUAAAUUAGAUUAACGAUAAACAGAGCCGACCAGUUUGGGCUAACCCUGGCUAGUUAGCUGCGUAAAUAAGGUUUUGCCAGCCAGCUGGUAACGUUAUUCGAUAAAUUAAGGAAAGUCAGAGUAGUUUUUCAGUGUAGUUAGUUGAUUUCAGACUGGCAAAGAAUAAACAGUUUGAAGGCAGAAAAGUAUGGUUAUAGCCGAACAAUUGCAUAAGUUAAUUAAUUAGUUAACACUAAUUAUUAAGGACAGACUGUGGCUACAUGGUUGCACUUGGUUUGCUACUUGUGGCUGUUCAAUAAGUAGCUUUGGAUGUGACUUUAAAGGAAGACCUGGCCUAGCAGGACACCAGGACAGGCCACAGGUGUUUGAGCUUCAAGUGUUCCUCAGUCAGCCAAUUGGAACAAAAUCACGCCUGUCCCAUCAACACCCACUCAGAAACCAUCAUCAGGCCCAUCACCCCAAACCCCAGGAGUCUCAGUGCCCUCUUCACCACAGGUAUCAUCUGCACUGCUUUCUGCACAGCAGAAUCACACACGAAGCAGAUCAUCAUCACAACAGCAGCUUCUGAAGACAUCGUGGGAAUAAUUUGGCAAAAGCCUGCGACCUUAACACGAGAUACCACGACUAGUCCUCUGUGGAUCUGCAGUGCACGAGUGAGUGUGUGUCCCCUACCAGAUAGGGCCCCUGCCACAUUGUGUGUGCGUGCGUGAGGAGGCUAAUGCCCACAGUAGUGUGGUCAGGGCCAGAGGAGGAUGGGUCCGGCUGUGGAGGCCAUGGAUGCAGAGCAAAAGCAAAAGCAGCAGCAGCAACAGCAACAGAACCAGCACCAACAGUGCUACAUGGAGAAAGGGGUGAUGCUUGAGCCCUUCAUACACCAGGUCGGGGGACAUUGCUGUGUCCUGCGCUUCGGGGAGCAGACCAUCUGCAAGCCCCUCAUCCCCCGCGAACAUCAGUUCUACAAGAAUCUGCCUGCUGCAAUUAGGAAGUUUACACCCCAAUAUAGAGGUGUGGUGUCAGUGAGCUUCGAGGAGGAUGAAGAAGGGAACCACUGCAUUAUCGCUUACCCCCUCCAGAGUGACACAGCAGUAGAUCACGAGAACAAGGACCCCUUGGCCGACUGCGAGCCCGAACGCGAGAUGCUCAAGUGGGGGAAAAUGAUUGCAUCCUCGCUGCUUGUGGACGGCGAAAGUUACAGCAAAGAUGGCCGAAGCCGCCACUCUCGUAAAGACAAGGACAAGAGUGUAUGUGGGGAGGAUGUGGGGCUGGAGGCGCUACGGCAGGCCGAGGUGCUCUACUACAGACUGGAGCGCAGUCACAGUAACGCCAUACAGCUCAGACACAACCCCUGGAGCCUCAGGUGCCAACAGCACCACCUGCAGAAGAUGAAGGACAACGCCAAGCACCGCAACCAGUACAAAUUCAUCCUGCUGGAGAACCUGACGUGGCGGCACACCAUGCCGUGUGUGUUGGACCUGAAGAUGGGCACACAGCAGCAUGGAGACGAUGCCUCGGAAGAGAAGAAGGCCGUGAAGAUUCGCAAGUGCCAGCAGAGCACGGCAUCCUCAAUUGGAGUCUGCCUCUCUGGCAUGCAGGUGUACCAGUCUGACACGGGCCAGCUGAUGUUCAUGAGCAAGUUUCACGGCCGCAGGCUGACUCUGCCCGACUUCAAGGAGGCUUUGUUCCAAUUCUUCCACAGUGGACGGCAUCUGCGACGUGAGCUCCUCUCCCCGGUGCUGCACAGGCUCAGAGAAAUGCAAGCUGCCCUGGAAGCCUGCGAAUCCUACCGCUUUUACUCCAGCUCGCUGCUCAUCAUCUACGACGGAGCGCCCCAGAGAAAACACACACGCCAACACACUGAGGACGGACUCUCUGAAGAAGAAGAAGAAGAAGAAGAAGAAGAAGAGGAGGUGGAGGCUGAACCAGAAAAGGAGGAGGAGGAGGUGGGUGAAGUUGCAGGUGCACUUGGUUUUCCUCAUAGACCGUCCACGUCUAGCGAUGGCACCAGCAGUGGCGGGAGCUCCGGUGUCAGCCAGGCUCGCUUGUCCCGCUCAGACCCCCGCGGCCCUGUGGUGGACGUGAGGAUGAUAGAUUUUGCCCACACCACCUGCAGACAUUACCAGGAGGACCGAGUGGUGCACGAGGGCCUGGACAGCGGCUACAUCUUUGGUCUCCAGAACUUGAUCACCAUCAUCUCCGAGCUGGAGAACCACAGCACAGACUGAAGACUGACGCAACACAUGCACACACAUUCAGACACAGGUGCACAAUAACAAUAACUGACCUUUGGGGAAAAAAGAGGAGGACUGGACUACAGAAACAGGGAGAGAUUUCUCCUCUUCACAGUUAGACCUUGUUGUAGCUGGCCUUUCAUUGGAACCCAUUUCUGCCGUUGGUGCUUCUUGAUGUUCCUGUUCUGUGUGUCCGUCUUGGGGAUGUGAAACAGACCUGCACGCAACAUACGCGAGCCAUCUGUGUGACUGAUGCAGUGAUUUUACCUAUCGUCAUCAUUCUGUUUAAUCCAGUUCACCGUUAGGGCAAAAGGGUAGGCAGCAAAUAAAAGCAGUUUGAAGUCUGAGACAGGAGAAAUGUUUUCAUUGUGUCUGAUUCCAAAGAAAGUGUCAAGCAUUUUGCACACACUAGCAUGCACUUUCAACACAUACAGGGCUAUGUGAGAGAGCAGGGGUUGUAUGUGAAUGAGGACAGAGUCGAUGGGAGGAGAGGUAGUGAGCUCACACCCUCCAUCCUUCUCUUUUGCCAGAUCAUUCUGCCAUCCAUCUUUCCCUGUUCAUCUUCACUCACAGAGACUAUAUUCAUAUGGGUAUCAUAGACAGAGUUAUUUCUUUAUUUGACAUGUUUCAUAAAAUAAACAAAGUUCAAAUGUUAGAAUGUGAA